AUGACUAAACAUUUAUUCAUUAUUCACAUUUACAUUUCAAUUUACCUUUUCGCUUGUUAUCAUACACAGUCAAAUACAAGAAGAGACAUAUCGAUGUUAUCCACAUGUAAAUGGUGUACGAACUGUAUUACGAAUAUGUCUUGUAAUUACUCAAGAUGGAUAGGUGCAUGGGGACUACCGAAUCAGUCAUUUAUAGAUAACUAUACUCUGGGUGUAGUUCGAACUUCAUCAUCUUGCUUAAAUGAAUGUCUAUCGAAUCCUGUAUGCUUUUCAUUCACAAGUCCAACUGAUUCUCCAACACAAUGCACUUUAUAUUCAAAGCCCGUUAACCCACUUGGUGAAUUGUACAAUCGUACAGCAUUCGAAAUUGGGACAAGAAUAUGUUGCACUGAUAUCAAAAAUCUUGGAAAUAUCAUAUCGCCGUGUCUCCCAUGCCCCAAUUGUACAAAGCUCAUGCAAUGUAAUCAAACGUGUUAUGUAGUGAAACCAGGAUUACCGGAUAAUAAAUUCAUCAGUACAUAUUUCCUCAAUAAAAUCAAUGCUACAAUCAAUUGUGCAGAUGAAUGUGAACUCAAUCCCAACUGCCUAACGUUUUCAUAUAUUGUUGAUCGUCCAAGAUGGUGUUCACUUUAUAGUGGUGUCAUGGGAGUAACUGUAAUAUACAAUGAUACAAGUGAACAAAUGACUGGUGGAAAAGUCUGUUGUGCUUUGUUCGGUAAACGUAAACAUUGGCCUUUCUUGUAA